GCUGGGCGCGGAAGGCGGGGCAGCAGCGGACGGGCGGGCGGUACGGUGGACAAAUUCCGGCCUCCCGCUUUCCGUUGCGUUGGGGUCGCCCCUGAGGGCCUGUGCUGUCGCACCUCCGGGGCUGGGUUCUGAAGACGACGCCUUCCAGAGCGCGGGGACCAGGCCGAGUGGGCCUGCGCACGUCCCGCGCCGCUGUCCCCCAGGCCCGGCGCCCCCACUUGGAUUCCAAGGCUCACUCCCGCCUAACACAGGCCCGCCUCUGUCUUCUCUUUUCUUUUCCCGGCCAAAUAAGUUUUUCUUCCCCACAGUUGUGUCCAGUGACCUCAUAGCUACAGAAAGUUUCUGAUGAGCCUAUCCCAACAUUCAGAAAUGAGGCUCUGGAAACUGGGAGUCCUGGAGAGCCACCCUUAGCGAUCCCGGUCCCCGGCUUCUGCGUUACUUCGUCCUCUCCAAAGUUGACGAGCCCCUUCCGGUCUCCUCAAACUUACUACCGUCCUAGGUGCCAUGGCACCCAAACCGUGGGUUGAGUGGAGCAUGGCCCUGUCCCACAUGGCACUGGGAGUGGUGUCUCUGCAUGCAGCUUUGAGCACUGCCCAGGCAAGUCGAGGGGCUGCUGCUGGUUUCCUGCUCCAGGCGUUGGCUGCUGCCACCAUGCUGGCCUCAGGGCAGGGCACAGAUGAAGACUGUCUUACUGGAGCCUGGGUGGCCACUGUCAUUGGCCUGCCCCUUCUGGCCUUCGAUUUUCACUGGUGCACUAACGGUCACUUGAUGUGCGCUGGCUGUUUUAUCCACCUACUAGCAGAUGCCCGGCUGAAGGAGGAGCAGGCCACAUGCCCCAACUGCCGCUGCGAGAUCAGUAAGAGCCUCUGCUGCCGCAACCUGGCUGUGGAGAAGGCCGUGAGCGAGCUGCCCUCUGAGUGUGGCUUCUGCCUGCGCCAGUUUCCCCGCUCCCUGCUGGAGAGGCACCAGAAGGAGGAAUGCCAAGACAGGGUCACCCAGUGCAAGUACAAGCGAAUCGGCUGCCCGUGGCACGGCCCCUUCCACGAGCUGACCGUGCACGAGGCCGCCUGUGCCCACCCCACCAAGACGGGCAACGAGCUGAUGGAGAUCCUGGAUGAGAUGGACCAGAGCCACCGUAAGGAGAUGCAGCUCUACAACAGCAUCUUCAGCCUGCUGAGCUUCGAGAAGAUCGGCUACACAGAGGUCCAGUUCCGGCCGUACCGCACGGACGACUUCAUCACGCGCCUGUACUACGAGACGCCGCGGUUCACGGUGCUGAACCAGACGUGGGUCCUGAAGGCGCGCGUGAACGACUCCGAGCGCAACCCCAACCUGUCCUGCAAGCGCACGCUGUCCUUCCAGCUGCUGCUCAAGAGCAAGGUCACGGCCCCCCUGGAGUGCUCCUUCCUGCUGCUCAAGGGCCCCUACGACGACGUGAAGAUCAGCCCCGUCAUCUACCACUUCGUCUUCACCAACGAGAGCAACGAGACGGACUACGUGCCACUGCCCAUCGUGGACUCCGUGGAGUGCAACAAGCUGCUGGCCGCCAAGAACAUCAACCUGCGGCUCUUCCUGUUCCAGAUCCAGAAGUAGGCGCCCGCGGCGCUGCCCACACCUGCCCAGCCUCGGCUUCGCAGUGCUGUCUGACCGUUCCAGCGGAGGAGGAGGAGGAGCAGAUGCGAACACGGGGGGAGUCUGCAUGCGUGUGUGAAGGUGUGCGCGCUCACCACCUCGCCCUCUGCCCCCGGCCAGGGCACCGAAGCUGGUCCAGGGACACCGCGAGGCGAACACAGCACACCUGCCGGUCCCUGUCCCGCGGCAGGGCGCCCCACCUGCCCUGGGCCGCACGCACACGGCUCCUGGGCCGGGCUCACAGGGCGCUGGCUUCAGACAGCAUAUUUGAUUGCAAUUAAAAAGGCACCCUUGUUUCCUA